AUGGUGGGUAGAACGCUGAGGAUCGAUGAAAACUCCUUGAGAAUCAGUGGACAAGGGCAGUUAGAAGAGAUUAUUGACAGGGGAAGGUUUGCACGCUUUUGUGUUGAAGUAGAUCUGAGUAAGAGCCUUCUUUCCAAGUUUAGAAUUGGACAUAGGCAAUUAUAUAUAGGCUAUGAGGGCCUUCAUAUGAUCUGUUUUUUGUGUGGACAGUAUGGGCAUAAGAAGGAGCACUGCUUGUUUAAUCCAGAUAAUACUAAGAAAGAUGAGGAGGAUGCAGAUGUAGAAAUGAAUGGCCAAAAUUCUGGGCAUAGUCACUCUGAGGACACUUGGAAAGAAGAAGUAGAAAGAAGCCAAGAGGUGAAUGGUUUCGUGAAAUGGAUGACAAUCCAGAAAAGGAACAACAAAAGGCCAAUUCAGCAGCUAAGAUCCAAAGAGAAUUUAGUUAGCAAGGAGAGACCGAAUGCAGGAGGUAAGGAGCAUGGAACCAAAAACACUGCCUCUGGGUCCAGAUUUGGCCCCUUAGAGGAAGAAACAGAUGAUUAUGCCCCUGGCCAGAAACUUGGGGAUUCGGGAACCAUAUCAAAUAAUGGGAAGAAUGUGGUGGAUCUGAAUCAGCAAAAAAAAAGCCAAGGAGGAAGGAAAAAGAAGAGCAACACGGAAAGUGGGGACUUAAAUCAGGGGGUUGGAACUGAGGUUAAGGCUUCUGGGAAACAAGUGCCAAUUUCCAAUCCAUCUGAGACCCGUUAG